AUUGACUACCAUAAAAGUUACAACAACAACAAAUAGAACGGAACGAGGGAAAACAACCCAACGCAAUUAUGUAUAGAUACGAUUGAAGUUGAAGUGAACAAACGCCGUAGAAGGAACCGGGCCUAGUGCAACGUUGUGGCCAGGGGCUGCAAACUACGCACUGUUUUGGGCGGUCAGACGACCAGCGACCCAGCGGCAGCGGCGACGGCGGCCGACGACGACGACAAUUAGCCACGCCUUUGGAGCAAAGCAGUGAUGCCAGCUAUGGCCGGCGACAUGUCCAUUGGCUGCGCCGCACUCAAACGAUCCACGAAACUGAAGAGCUGCACAAGCGGCGCCGACACAGACUCGAUGCACUUACCCAACGAUCGCAAGCAAAAUGGCACUAAUAUGGGCCUGCUAAUUAAGCCACCAAGUGCACCGCAGAAUAUGCGCGGCGGCCUUCGCGUCUAUAAAGUUGUCAUCUUGGGCGACGGCGGUGUCGGCAAGUCCGCUGUUACUCUGCAGUUCGUCAGUCACAGUUUCUUGGACUACCAUGACCCCACAAUUGAGGACUCGUACCAGCAACAGGCGGUGAUUGACAAUGAGGCCGCUCUGCUGGACAUACUCGACACUGCUGGUCAGGUUGAGUUUACGGCCAUGCGGGACCAAUAUAUGCGCUGCGGUGAAGGUUUCAUAAUAUGCUAUUCGGUGACCGAUCGUCACAGCUUUCAGGAGGCAUCCGAAUAUCGAAAACUGAUCACACGCGUACGCCUGUCCGAGGACAUACCGCUGGUGUUGAUAGCCAACAAGGUGGAUUUGGAAUCUCAGCGACGUGUCACCACCGAGGAGGGCAAAAAUUUGGCCAAUCAAUUUGGCUGCCCCUUCUUCGAGACAUCGGCGGCCCUGCGUCACUACAUCGACGAGGCGUUCUAUACGCUGGUGCGCGAGAUACGCCGCAAGGAGCUGCAAAAGGCGCUGGGCACGGACAACAACUCCGAGAAGAUACAUACACGACAUCGUAGCCGCUGGUGGCGCAUACGUUCCAUAUUCGCAUUGGUCUUUCGGCGUAGACGCAACCUAAACUGAAGCCUGCAAAUUCCUCGGUUCGCAUGCGCAACUAAGUGCAAUAUUAAUUAAUGCGUUAAACUACGUAUAUAUAUAAAUAUAUAUAUAUUUAUUUGGCUAUAUAUAUAUAUAUACGGUUUGCACACCGAUCGUAUAUAUAUAUAUAUGUAUCUGUAUAUGUUAUGUGUUGACACACCUAGACGUCUAAUCAUUUAAUGAAAAAUGAAUUUAUCAAAUGCGAAACUAUUGUAAUCGUUCAGGCCAAUGGCAACAGCUAAGCGACAUUGUCAGAGCUUCAACUUUUGUUGUUUGUUUCCAUAUAUUCCUUAAAUUAUUUAAAACUGUUUUCAUUUGUUAACUAUGCCACAUUGUAUUUGUUGUAUCUGUAUUGUUAAGGUGCUAGACGCCAGGCAGCGCGACGCACAGUGGUACGAAAGAGAGUAUAUGAAAGAGAUAUAUAUAUAUAAAUAUAUAGUUAUGUAUAUCAAUAUGUUUAAGCACGAAUCCAAAAGAUACAUAUUAUAGCAAAUGCACAUACGUAUAUAUAUAGUAAAUAAUAAGAAUGUUGAUUCCUAACGCAAACCAAUUGGCAAAGGCAAAGCAAAGGCAAAUGCAAAAGAAAAAACGACAACAAUCAAACCGAAAGAAAUGCAUUUAAAAUUACAACUUUAACUGAAAUGAAACCAAAUGAAAAUUAAUAAUAAUAGAAAAGAUAUGUAAUCAAAAUAUGAAACGAAACUGAGUCCUAGUUGAAGCCAACAGAGCAAGCUAUAGAAACAUAUAUGUAUAUGUAUGUAUAUAAAUAUGGACAAUGGUCAAGUGUACAUCAUAGAGAGCUUUAAAACUGUCCAACAAGAGCGAGGAAUAAUGUAUUAUGUGCAUGUAUUAUUAUUAUAAUUAUAAUUAUUCUGGCAGGCGCAACGCAGCACGCACAUUAAACUAAUCGAAUAAAUGUUGAAUUUAAACGUAUGUAUACUAAAGACAUCAAACGA